AUGUUCUCUCUGAGGACGGCGCAGCCUGCCCAGUCCCUUCUCCGUCGCAUCGCGGUGCCGAGCUCCUUUGCCCGUUCCUCCAUUCCGGCAAGAUCAUUUGCUAGUGUGCAGUCGGACAUUUUCAAGCCCACCAAGUAUGGCGGGAAAUACACCGUUACCCUCAUUCCAGGCGAUGGAAUCGGAGCCGAAGUUGCCGAAUCUGUCAAGACUAUUUUCAAGGCCGACAAUGUUCCCAUUGAAUGGGAGCAGGUAGAUGUUAGCGGUGUGGACACCGGUAACAAGCACUCGGAGGAGCUCUUCAAGGAAUCGAUUGCCUCCCUACGGCGUAACAAGUUGGGUCUUAAGGGCAUUCUCUUCACCCCCGUUGAGCGCUCUGGCCACCAGUCCUUCAACGUCGCCCUCAGACAGGAGCUCGAUAUAUUCGCGUCGAUUGUUUUGAUCAAAAAUAUCCCGGGCUAUAAGACGCGUCAUGAGAACGUGGAUCUGUGUAUUAUCCGUGAGAAUACCGAGGGUGAAUACUCGGGUCUCGAGCAUCAGUCCGUUCAGGGUGUUGUAGAGUCUCUGAAAAUCAUCACUCGUGCCAAAUCCGAGCGCAUCGCCAAGUUCGCCUUUGGCUUUGCUCUUGCUAAUAACAGGAAGAAGGUUACUUGCAUCCACAAAGCCAACAUCAUGAAGCUCGCCGACGGUCUUUUCCGCAGCACCUUCCACAAGGUCGCAGAAAACUACCCGACUCUGGAGGUCAACGAUAUGAUCGUCGACAACGCGUCCAUGCAGGCUGUCUCCCGGCCCCAGCAGUUUGAUGUGAUGGUCAUGCCCAACCUUUACGGAGGCAUUCUCUCCAACGUUGGUGCUGCCCUUGUUGGCGGCCCGGGCGUCGUCCCUGGCUGUAAUAUGGGACGUGACGUUGCUGUGUUCGAACCCGGUUGCCGUCAUGUCGGACUUGAUAUUAAGGGCAAGGACCAGGCCAACCCUAGUGCUAUGAUUCUUUCCGGCUCCAUGCUCCUCCGCCACCUUGGCUUGGAUGAUCAUGCCAACCGAAUCUCUAAGGCCGUCUAUGAUGUGAUUGGUGAGGGCAAAACGAGGACUCGCGACAUGGGAGGACAGGCCACGACUCAUGAGUUCACUAGAGCCGUUCUUGACAAGAUGGAGGCUGCUCUGUAAUUGUUUCCCCACUACCUUUUGUACCUGCUACAAUUAUGAUCAUGAGAGCUUGUAUAGGCCACUUUACUGUACCCAUUUAUCCUUGUUUGUAGACCAUGUUUGGCCGUUCUGAACCGUCUCUGUACUCUG